CAUUACCUUCCCAUCUCACUUUCUUCAUCACUUCACCCAUUAACUAAACAAAACCAAUAAUGGCCACCACUCGUCUAGCUCUGGCUCCUCUCCUCCUCAUCGCCGCCGUACUUCUCUCAACUAAGGCCACGGCUCAGCCAGCAGCCCCCGCUCCAGGCCCUGCUGGUCCCAUCAACCUCACGGCGAUCCUUGAGAAAGGCGGACAAUUCACUACAUUCAUCCAUCUUUUGAACAUCACUCAAAUCGGUAGCCAAGUGAACAUUCAGCUCAACAGUUCAUCUGAGGGUAUGACGGUGUUCGCACCAACGGACAAUGCUUUUCAAAACCUUAAACCAGGAACCCUUAACAAGUUAAGCUCAGACGAACAAGUUAAACUCAUUCUCUACCACGUCAGCCCCAAAUAUUACAGUAUGGAUGAUCUCCUCUCCGUGAGCAACCCCGUUAGGACUCAAGCUUCUGGCCGAGACAACGGUGUUUACGGGCUUAACAUCACCGGUCAAACAAAUCAAAUCAACGUCUCAACUGGUUAUGUGGAGACACGUAUCAGCAAUGCGUUGAGGCAACAACGUCCUCUCGCAGUUUAUGUUGUCGACAUGGUUUUGUUGCCGGGUGAGAUGUUCGGAGAGCACAAGCUUUCGCCCAUUGCCCCUGCCCCUAAAAAAUCUCCAUCUAGUGGGGUUUCCGAUGAUGAAUCCACUAAAAAGGCGGCAGCUUCGCCAUCAGAUAAGUCAAGCUCCGGGGAGAAGAAAACCGGACUAGGGUUUGGUCUUGGACUUGUUGUCUUAUGUUUGAAAUUUCUCUUUUGAAAUUUUAAUAUAUCAAUGAAUUGUUUUGGUUUCUAUUGAUUUUAUCCUCCGAUUUGAAGUAUGAUAUUUGUUAAUUAAAUUCAUCAAAUGAAAUAAAAUGUGACAUUUUUUUUACUUA